UCUUCUAGAAGAAAGUUCACGUGAAGCCGUCGUGUGUCUGUCCUCACCGCCGGUACUGGGUUAACGACAUCACCUGAAGGCGGGUCUCCUCUAGGCGGUAUUCUGCGCGUGAUCCGUUGCCCCACGGGGUUUCCAGUGUGUGACGUCAGGGGACUUCCACUUUCCAGUAAGCGGGAGAGACCAGCUGGCCACUAGAGGUGAGGCAGGGACGACGUGGUUUCACUUCAGAGCUCGUCACUGCGCACUAGUGUAGAUGACGGCUCACCGUACCCAGCACAGUCCCUCCUAGACCCGCACUACAGCGAUGUCUCUGUCGCCCGACGUUUUGUUCCACACGGGAGGUCUGGAGGUCUUCAGCAGGAUGGACGAGAACCUCGCAGAACUGGAUAUCAUCGAUGAAUUUAUCACUGAGAAUAAAGACUCGGGGCAGGAGGGUAGACCCGGCUCCCACCUCCCCGGCCCCGGCUCCCGGCUGGCCGGCCCCGGCUCCCACCUCACCGGCCCCGGCUCCCAACUCCCCGGCCCUGGCUCACACCUGGCCGGCCCCGGCUCCCGGCUGCCCGGCCCUCCUCCACCCCCGGCUGAGCUGCGCUGUGGUGGCCCCCCGAGGCUCGGCCUGGACUCUUUCUCCUCCGAGCCAGUGCUGGUGGCAAGAGGCACGGCGCCACGGACCUCCUGCUCCUUCGCCCACCCCUUCCCUCCAGCGUCCCGCCCCGGGGAGAUGGCGUCCGCCCCCCCCUGCAGAGGGGCGUCUCCGUCGGGCCCGUCGCGCCGCGCCUGCGGGCCGUCCCCCGGCGGGCCCCGGACCCCCGCCGGCCCCCCGCCGGCCGCGCAGCCCGGCAGCGGGACGGAGCAGCUGGAGUCACUGCUGGAGGCGCCGCGCCUCGCCGUCUCGGAGCAGCCCAAGGAGAGGGGCAUGAGGUUCCGCUACGAGUGCGAGGGCCGGUCCGCGGGCAGCAUCCUGGGGGCCUCCAGCACCGGGACCACCAAGGUCCAGCCCGCCAUCCAGAUUCAGGGCUCCAUUGACAAGGUGAAGAAGGUCACAGUGACGGUUUCCCUGGUGACCAAAGACAUCCCGUACCGGCCUCACCCGCACUGCCUUGUGGGUAAAGACUGUCCAGAGGGCUCUGGCAUCUGCAUGGUCAGCUUCAACCCCCACACCUGCCCCCAGCACAGCUUUGCCAACCUGGGCAUCCAGUGUGUGCGGCGGAAGGAGCUGGACGCCUCGCUGCAGAAGAGGCGGAGCCAGAACAUCGACCCGUUCAUAACCGGCCAAUCAAAGAGCAUCGAGGACAUGGACAUGAACGUGGUCCGCCUCUGUUUCCAGAGCGACCUGGAGAUGGAGGACGGCCGGAAGGAGAGCCUGAGCCCCGUGGUGUCCAACCCCAUCUACGACAAGAAGGCCACCACUACCUCCCAGCUGAAGAUCACCUGUCUGAACAUCAAUAAAGGUCCCUGCAGUGGAAUGACAGAGAUUUACAUGCUCUGUGACAAAGUGCAGAAGGACGACAUCGAGAUCAUCUUCAGGUGUGACGCCUGGGAGGGGAAGGGGGAGUUCGCCCAGACGGACGUCCACCGGCAGAUCGCCAUCGUGUUCAAGACGCCGCCGUACCGCGACCAGGACAUCAGCGAGGAGUUCCCCGUGGACGUGGUGCUCCGCCGCGUCUCCGACCGCAUGGACAGCGAGCCCGUGAGGUUCACCUACCUGCCCCCCAACCCAGAUCCCUACGAGGUGAAGCGGAAGAGAAAGAUUAAGAAUGACAUCAGCAUGGCAGAGCAGUCGUGUGCGGCAGGCUCCUCCUCCUCCUCCUCCCACAGCGCGGCCAUGGAGCUGUCGAGCCCUUACACCUUCCCCGGGUUCCCCCUCCCCGACGGCAUGGGGGGGGAGCUGCCGGCCACGGCCGCCCACCCCCACCCCGACCCCUCCGCCCUGGGGGACACGGCCUACGGGGACCACCAGGACAUGGACCUGCUGGCCCAGAGCUACGGCCUCACUGACGAGGAACUGCUCUCCCAGCUGCUGGAGACGCCCAACUUCCAGGCCCUGCUGUACGACCCGGGGCUCAACCCCGCCCUCCUGGACCCCGACGCCACCCCCCCCGGUAACUACGGCAACAUGGAGGGGAUGAGCAACAACGGCGGCGGCGGCGGCGGCGGCGGCGGCGGCGGCUUCGGCGCGUACGGCCAGGACUUCACCCAGUACAGCGACCUGUCCUUCAGCCACAUGGUGAGCGAGAGCCAGCCGGACCCCGCAGCCCAGGGGCCCGACCCCCCCCAGGGGCCCGGGGCCUGCCAGGUGGAGGUGAAGACAGAGGUGGACCUAUGAGAGGACAUUGAACAUUGGCGACGCGACCCCCGGAGUUCUGAGACUGUUACUAUGGAGACGGGCCGCUCCCGUCGGCUGAUUGGCUGAUCGGUUCCUUCUUGUGUGAAUAUACGAUGCGGGGGACAUUUUAGAGGACGUUAAAACGUUGCGAUGGAUCACGACGUCCUGAAGGUCUUGCUGGACAAGGCUGAGGCCCCGGGGCCAGAUCACAUUCCAAACUGUCGGCGCUGCUCCCUGCGUUGCCAUGACGCCCAGGGCCAGCAGCACCACAGACGUAGCCUCGGCUAACGGCCGCCGCGGCAAGAAGGUGAACACAAACGAAGAGCCGCACGCCACCGGAACCCUGCUGCUACGAGCGGAGAGACAGACCGACAGGUGGAGAGAGACCGACCGGUGGAGAGAGACCGACCGGUGGAGAGAGACCGACCGGUGGAGAGAGACCGACCGGUGGAGAGAGACAGACCGGUGGAGAGAGACCGACCGGUGUGGUACGAUGGACGUGAAGGCUGGAAUCAGAUGUGAAUGAGUGAAUGAUUAUCGACGUUACACAUGAAGUAAUCCUUUUUUUGUUGUAAAAUUAUGUUUGGUAAAAAAUGAAAUGCCUUUUAGAUAUUUGUAUUCCUAUAUGCAUUCAUGUCUAUAUUAUGUCUCUUGAUAUGUAAGUAGUGGUCCUUCGCUUGUUACUGCAUUAAUUCCCUCUGGUGAAUAUUGAAAUGUGUUUUGUAUUAAAGAUACGAGGCAGAUGAA